CAGAGCAGCCAUCGAUACAGAGGACAACAAACGUCGAUAUCAACAUGCCGAGCGCUAAAGCGAAAAGUACUCAUUUCUGGGCCGACGAGGAGACUCAUUUCAUGUUGUACCAGCUGAGGGAGGUGAAUAUAUCCAAAUACAUGGAUGGAAGGAAAACGAGGAAUGGAAAGCUGUUCAGGAUAGUGGCCGAGCGGUUGGACAAGGCUGGAUUUAAAAGGACCCCCGAGCAGAUCCGUGUCCGGUGGAAGCACCUGAAACAGGCCUACUACCACGCCAAGAAGAACCACCCCGCCGGCAGCAGCAAUGCUGUUUACUCGGACGUGUUAGAGGAGCUGCUGGGUCACAGGAGCUCGUCCAACGGUGUGGAGGAUGGAGACAACACCAAGGGCUCAGACGGUCUGCAGGAGGUGGAGGACCUUGGGGACACGACAGAGGAGGAAGAGGAGGCAGAAUCUCCAGCGAGAGUAAGCAGCCCUCCUCAACCCAGUGCAUCGUCUACCUCACAGUUAGCUGUUCUUUCUGCAGAGCAACGACAGACAUCACCAAGUGGAAGGACACAACACGUAGCUAAUGUGGAAAAGUUUCUCCAAACGAUGCAGCAGAUGCAGAGGACCUGGUUGCAGCAGAUCCAGCAGAGUCAGGAGAGAGAAGAACGGCUGGUCAACAGCAUUCUGGAAAACAAUGCCAAAAUGGUGUCUGCGAUGAUCGAAGGCAUCCGUGGCUUGCAGCCUCCCACACCUCGAACACCUUGCCAGGUUUCAGAAGCUAACAGCUGUGCAGCGGGGGAGCAUCCGGCUGCAGCAGAGAGGACUGAAAGGACGGGAGAGGUGGAGAUGAAUGGGUGUAACAUCCAGCAGAGAGUUCAGGACAAAGAGAGAGACGUGAAGCUGCUUCAGCAGGAGGUGGAGGCUGUCAACCGCUCUGCCGAUGAAGCAGUGGAGCACAGUGAGAGGAGCUUCUCCAAGCUGAUUUGCCUCAUGGAGAAAAGACGCUUUGAGGUGAGGCAGCAGAUCAGAUCCCAGCAGAGAGCUGAGGUGAGUCAACUCAAGGAGCUUCAGGAGAAGCUGGAGAAGGAGAUCACUGAGCUGCAGAAGCUCCCCUUCACAGAGGACCAGGACCAGUUACUACAGGACUUCCCCUCACUGUCACAACUCGGUAAAUCUGCAGACUCAUCCAGCAUCAAUAUCCGUCCUGUGACGUAUUUUAAGGAUGUGACAGCGGCUGUGACAGACGUCAGAGACAAACUAGAGGACGUUCUGAGUGAGAAAUGGACAAACACCUCACGGACAAAGACUGAAACAGAUGUUUUAAUGUUGCAGUUAGAGCCCAAGACCAGAGCAGAGUUCUUACAGUAUUUACAAGAUGUCACACUGGAUCAAAAUACAAUAAACUCAUGGCUGGCAUUAUCCAAUGGGAACAAAAAAGUAACAUUCAUGAGUAAAUACCAGUGUCAUAGUAUCCACCCAGACAGAUUCAGUGAGUGUCUUCAGGUCCUUAGUGAAGAGAGUCUGAAUGGACGUUGUUACUGGGAGGUGGAGACACAAGGAGACGGAGUUUGUGUAGCAGUGGCGUACAAAGACAUCAGCAGAGCAGGGAGCUCCAAUGACUGUGGAUUUGGAUAUAAUGAUAAAUCUUGGGUGUUUGAUUGUUACAACAACGGUUUUUACUUUUGGCACAACAACGUCCAAGCUCACGUCUCAGGAUCCGUGUCGUCCAGAGUCGGCGUUUACCUGGAUCACGGUGCAGGUGUUCUGUCCUUCUACAGCAUCUCUGACACAAUGACUCUCCUCCACAGAGUCCAGACCACGUUCACGCAGCCUCUACAUGCUGGAAUCAGGUUUCAUUUAUGUAACUGUGGGUCCACCGCUGAGUUCUCUAAGCUGAAAAAGACUGAAACCAUUUAAAGGGUUUACUUCUGUGUUUUAUCUUUAAUUCUGACUGUUUUCAUAUUUGUAACAAACUUCUCUCUGCUCUGAGUGUUUGUUCAGGGAAACAGCUCUACUAGAUUGAUCCAGAAUCCCCAUGUGUAAUUACCAUGAAAUUCUUUAUCACAUUUGGACUAGUUUUGUGGGUGAGCCCCAGGAAUAUUUAUGACAAUUCCCCGUUUUUGUUGUGGAUAGUUUGCAGGUUUAAUGAAUCAGAGUGCAAUAUGAGAGUAGUUUAUAAACCCUCACCUUUUAUUCAUUCAUAAAGAUGUAAUAUAUAAGCACCCUUAAUAACCUAAAGCCCUCCAAAUAAGACAAAAAGUAGCUUCAGAUAGGUUCUUUGCAGAUGAAGCUGUGCUGCAUUAUGGAAACUUCCUUUGGGGGGCAAGUAGUGAUUUCUGCACACGACCAGAAAGGCUACGUUUUUAGCUGUUUAUGCCAAGUGUUCAAAGUGAGAGGAUAAAAACAUUAAUUCUAAAGCUACUUUGUAUCCCGAAAGUAGUAAAAUAUUCAAGCAACACUAAAAAGUUUUUAAAAACUCGCAGUGCAACAGCAGCAGGCAGGGAAAAUUAAAGCCUCCGUCCAAAGCCUUGACUAGUAGAGUAACACAACGCUCAUGUAUGGUCUGUUUUCACAAAGCGGUUCGUUUAGCACAUUAAGCCCUGAUCUAGCCUCUUCAGCUGCUGUCCGUCCAGUCUUCAGGCUCAUUUAUGCUCUGUGCACAUAUGAAAAUAGAUCUGUGCUUUAAACGCCACAUCUGUCAUUGCCCUCAUAUUUACAUGCGUCUGUUGUGUGGGAGAAGGCGGACAUUACGACCCAACUUCAGAAAUCCCAAAAUAUGCCAUUAAGUAGAAGUGAAACUACUGAUUUCAAAAUGUAAGAAGUACUAGUACACAAAAAAGCUACUUGGUUACAGUACUUAGAGUAAAUGUAAUCAGUUACUUUAUACCCUGAGAAUUAAAACAACCGGGGGGGGGGGGCACUGAAAAGGGAGCUAAUCGUGGCUCACAAAGUUUAUUCAGUUGAUAGUAUAUCACAGUUUCAAUCCAAAGCUUUUUUUGUGUCAAAAUUAUUGUUUUUUGUGUUAAAGAGGUUUAGCGAGCCUCCUAGCUCAGUACAAGACUCCUCUAGACUCUUGCCUUCCUUCAUCUGGCUAACAACGCUCGACACCGGGAAGUCUACAGGAGUAAUUUGUGAUAUUCAUUGCCUAAAUGCCAGGUUAAAUCAAUAAAACUGUUUUAAAAAUCCAUUUUUUGUAAAGUGUAGGGAUGGUACCUAGAGAGUGUAGAAAGUUUCUCUGGACAGUUGCUGUGUACACGUCCGUUUAGAGCUGUAAAGUGCUGACUUUCCUCCAGUCCCUUUCAUUCCUGAUGGCUUUCCCCCACUUCCUGACCCCCAACUGACAUUCACGCAUCAUCAGCAUAACGUGACAGCAAAGAACCUACAAAUGUAAAAACCAAAAUUUAACUUAAUUAUCAGGAUCGACGUUAGUGUUACUCAACCUUGCCCUUUUUAAAAGGUCCCCUCUUCCCUGUAGAGAAAUGGCCUUUAACAGGAAUUUUAGUAUUUAUUAAGAAAUGAACAGCAUGACUGAUCUCCUUAUCAGUACACCUUAAUGGUCCAAGUAUUGAUACUACUGCCAACUUUAUUCUGACAAAUAAUUUAAUGUAAAACCUGUAUUAAGGUUUAUCACCAAAUAAAAUUCCCUUUUUUGACGUUGCAUUGAACACAUCAUGAACACAUUUUUCAUUGGCCUUAUAGUCAUUUUCCUGAGCCGACCUUGAACUCAUCCUAAUAUUGUGGCAUGUGUAGUCAGCCCACUAGCUUUUAUCCAGACAAUUCCCAUAAAGAUCUGAACGCUGUAUUUCUGUUUUUCACUAAUGGGAGUUCACACACACAGUGUGUUUGCCACGGCUGUUUGUAGUGGUGGAGGAUGAUGACUGUCACUCACAGUCCCAGGAGAGUUGGCUUUUUAUUUAAUUUUACCCAGUCACAUGUCAUUUUUGUGUAAUAUUAUUUACACAUUGUCUUCCCUUGUUAAAAAGUGUUAAUGAAGGCUUGGAAACUGAUCAUCUUUAAACUUUAGAUUGAAACAGUAGACUGGAAAAAGUCAAAGGAACCAGUUGAAUUGGGCUGAUUUCCCUCACUGUGGAGUUUUUUUAAUGUAAUGGAUCUGCCAAAUGUACUUCCUGUGGAAAAUGUGUCUCUAUUGUGUCAUAAAAUGAUGUUUAAGUUCUUGUUUCAGUGGGACUGAGAUCCCAGACUUGCUGCUGUAUUGAAACCUUCCACCUUAAUGAGUGAGAUCACUACGUACUGGACUGAGUGUUGAAGGAGGUGGAUUUUACUAGGGAUGCACCGUAUUGGAUUUUUGCUGUUAACCAGUCUGACAGUUCCCAAACUCAUCCCAGCUGACACUGAUAUAUGGACACCUUAUUUUCUUGUAAAGUGCUUCCAGUGCAAAGAGAGGCUGAGUCAUCGGAGCUGAGAGAGGAGCAGGAAGUAGACAGCCUGGUGGUUGUUUUACUGUUCAAACUGUUCAGGCUUCACAGUGGACUUUUAAGGAUGAUGCACCUGAGGCAACCACCUACAUCUGAUGGCACACUUGUUAAUUUUUGCUAAUAUUUAAGGGUGAUAUAUGAUUUACACUGCUGAUAUAUCUUCUGUGUAUACCAGCAGAAAAUUUCAAGACAGCCCGGCUGCAGACCGCUCAUCGCUCAUCUCUGACGGCUCUCACAGACCGCACACCUGAGAUGGUGUGCAUCUCAGAACGAACAACCAUUCUCACAGACCGCAUGUCUCAGAACGUAAAUACACACUAAAACUUCCCAAAAUAAAAUUGGUUUAAACUUCCGGUGUCAAUCUACCGCUGUUUAUAUGCAGUUGGCAUCCGCUUCCUUUGUCUUCUAUUACCAGUACUUAGCUUUCGUCUGAGAUAUGCUGCGUCUCACAUAAGCGGUCUGCUGGAGGGCUGUUUGAGUUUGACGGCCUGCAGCCAGACCCCCCUUGAUCUGCUAAUGCCAUUAUCAUGCCAAUAAUAUUGUGCAUCCCUAGAUUUGACUGCAUUAUUGUCCUCUGUUGAACACAUCCCUGUCUGUCUUUAUGAGUUGAUGUCUUAUGAAACCAAAGCAAACUUUUCUGUAUUGUAAAUAUUUUCUUCUCACUUCUCAGGAUAUUUGCAGAAAAUCUAUGAUCAUGUUUAUAUAAAUUUAUU